AUGUCUGAUCUUUCCGUCCAGCUUGAGACGCCGCACGCCGGCAAGUACACUCAGCCCACCGGACUUUUCAUCAACAACGAGUUCGUCGCUGGUGUUGACGGCCGCAAAUUCGAGACCAUCAACCCGGCCACCGAGGAGGUCAUCACCUCCGUCCACGAGGCAUCCGAGAAGGAUGUAGACAUCGCCGUCGCCGCUGCCCGCAAGGCAUUCGAGGGACCAUGGAGACGUGAGACCCCAGAGAACCGUGGCAAGCUCCUUCACAAGCUCGCCGACCUCUUCGAGAAGAACCUCGACACUCUCGCAGCCAUUGAGGCGCUCGACAACGGCAAGGCUGUUUCCAUGGCCAAGGUCGAUGUCAGCAUGUGUGUUGGUACCCUCCACUACUACGCCGGCUGGGCCGACAAGAUCGAGGGCAAGGUCGUCGACACCAACCCAGACCACUUCAACUACAUCAAGAAGGAGCCAAUCGGUGUUUGCGGACAGAUCAUCCCAUGGAACUUCCCCCUUCUCAUGUGGUCGUGGAAGAUUGGCCCAGCUAUUGCUGCUGGUAACACCGUCGUCCUCAAGACCGCCGAGCAGACUCCUCUCUCUGCUCUCUUCGCUGCCAGCCUCAUCAAGGAGGCCGGUUUCCCCCCAGGUGUUGUCAACGUCAUCUCUGGGUUCGGAAAGAUCGCAGGUGCCGCCAUCUCCACCCACAUGGACGUUGACAAGGUCGCCUUUACUGGAUCCACCGUUGUCGGUCGCCAGAUCCUCAAGGCUGCUGCCGGCUCCAACUUGAAGAAGGUCACCCUUGAGCUUGGUGGCAAGUCACCCAACAUCGUCUUUGACGAUGCUGACAUUGACAACGCCAUCUCAUGGGUCAACUUCGGUAUCUUCUUCAACCACGGACAGUGCUGCUGUGCCGGUUCGCGUGUCUACGUGCAGGAGGGUAUCUACGACCAGUUCAUUCAGCGAUUCAAGGAGCGUGCCUCCAAGAACGUUGUUGGUGACCCAUUCGCCGCCGACACCUUCCAGGGACCACAGGUCUCCAAGGUCCAGUUCGAUCGUAUCAUGGACUACAUCAAGGCCGGCAAGGAGGCUGGAGCCAACGUCGAAAUCGGUGGUAACCGCAAGGGAGACAAGGGUUACUUCAUCGAGCCAACCAUCUUCUCCAACGUCACCGAGGACAUGAAGAUUGUGCAGGAGGAGAUCUUCGGCCCCGUCUGCUCCAUCUCCAAGUUCAAGACUCAGGAGGAGGUCAUCAAGCUCGGCAAUGCCACGACCUACGGUCUCGCMGCCGCCGUCCACACCAAGUCGCUCAACACCGCCAUUGAGACCUCCAACGCACUUCGCGCCGGUACCGUCUGGGUCAACACCUACAACACCCUGCACCACCAGCUUCCAUUCGGUGGUUACAAGGAGUCUGGUAUCGGUCGUGAGCUUGGUGAGGACGCCCUUGCCAACUAUGUCCAGACCAAGACUGUCAACAUCAGAUUGGGAGAUGCUCUGUUCGGUUAA